CCUGUUGCCACAGUCAAAGCCGGCGCCUUGUUCGCGCAUACGAGUGUGUACGUACGGUGGUGUGGUUCGGUCGAGCAACAUCAAACGGAAUCCUGAAGCUGGCCGUGGUUGUGCUGCUGCCUCACCGCCGACGAUAGCAGCUAGCGCACUGUAACGAUCCGAUCGGGUUCAACGCGCGGUGUGUGUGUUUAUCAAUACGCACGCGUGCGCGUACUCGCGUAUCAACGCCUUUACCACCACCUGCCACUAAAAAGAUAGUUGGUGUGUGUGUGAGAGAGAGUGUGUUGGAGUGCAAUUGUAGUGUGUCCUAGUUGUGUGUGAUCGGUGAGUUGCUGCUUUCCCACCCUCGAGGGGGGGAGUUCUUUCACUUAGCUUGCUGUUGUUGUUGUUCGAUUGCUGCUACACAGAAAGGGGGGGAUGUUGCGCUGGGUCGCGUGUACCCUUUGACGCGUUCAUUCAUUCAUUCGUUGCCGGUUGCCCGCAUGUGGCGCGUAGUGUGCAUAAGUGUAAUCCGCCAGGUAGAAGGUGCAAUUGUGUGGAGUUUUUGAAUAUCCAUUGUUGCGCUAUUAAUUGGUGCAUUAAGAAAAUCUUCGUGAACUGUGUGAUAUGAAGUGAAAUUAAUUUUGCGUGCGGAAAUUGAAGUGCAUUUGAAUCAUCUGAAUCGUUAGUGGCAAAUGGAAACAGUGGCAAAUUAUCAUCAUUGACAUUUAUACGAAUAUUUGCAACGCGACCAACGGAUCGGUUCUACUUUGCAAAAGUCCCACACGGCAGACGAACACUCCGAUCGCGAGACGGAUCCCGGCCGGGAAGGUGAGUCGAGCGACGAGGGCGUUAAUGUGAAUCGCCCGUCGCCGGACGCAAAGAUGACAUCCGGCAUGGAGUUUGGCAGAAGUCCAGACCAUCACUCGGAGCUAAGCCAGGCAACGGCCGCUGCAGCAGCGGCAGCCGCAGCAGCAGCCGCAGCCGCCCAGUUCGGGGCCAACCAUCCGCUGGGCGUGCUGAGCAAUCUGACGGCGCUCAACAUGAACGUACCGGGGCUGUCCGGGCUGGCGUCGGGGCUGGCUGCGGGACACCAUGGGGACGUGCUCGAAAAGCUGAAGAUGCAGGUGCGCGACAUGAAGGUGGGCGCACUGAUGGGCGAACAAAUGGCGGCUGACUUUGCGGCGCUCCAUGCUGCCUCGUCGCCGUUCGGGGCCGCUCUUGCCGCCAGCACUGCAAACGGAGCCGGCAACGGCAUGGGCAUGUUCGGUUCCGGUAGAGAUGAAGCACGGGGUGGAAGUGGUGGGAGUGGUUCUAGUGGCGGUUCUAUGAAUGUUGCCAGCGGCGGAGGAGGAGGUGGUGGAGCUGCUGGAGGAGGUUCACAAUCGCAGACGGGGCCACAGAAUGGGAGCAAUUUUUCCUUCACCCUUCCGAAUGCACCGAUCAGCAAGGAUGGCAAUCCCGGUUCCAAUUCGUCAACCUCGAGUGAAACGUCGAACUCGUCGCAACAAAACAACGGCUGGAGCUUCGAGGAGCAAUUCAAACAAGUACGACAGGUAAGCCACCAACACAAAGCGCUGAAUCGGAACAGUGUAUGGCUAACACUGUACGAAAUCAACGAUGACCCUAAGCGGAAGGAAUUUUUGGACGAUCUGUUCCUGUUCAUGCAAAAGCGAGGCACUCCCAUCAACCGUUUGCCGAUCAUGGCCAAAUCGGUGCUGGAUCUGUACGAGCUGUACAACCUCGUUAUCGCACGCGGAGGGCUUGUCGACGUUAUCAACAAAAAGCUGUGGCAAGAAAUCAUCAAAGGACUGCAUCUACCUUCCAGCAUCACCAGCGCUGCAUUUACCCUACGAACACAGUACAUGAAGUAUCUCUAUCCGUACGAGUGCGAGAAGAAGAACCUGAGCACACCGGCAGAACUGCAGGCGGCCAUCGAUGGAAACCGGCGCGAGGGUCGUCGCUCUAGCUAUGGCCAGUUUGAUUCGCCCUCAGUGCAACGUUCGCCGAUUCCGCAAGGCAUUUCGCAGAUGCCGCCCCUGUCGCUGGUGUCGCACGUCAACCAGCAGCAGCACCAUCACCGGCUGCUGCCACCGGUCGGCCAAAUACCGAACAUGCUGCCGGCCGAGUUCGAGCAGCGCAUGCUAAACUACAUCAAGAUGUUCCAGCCGAAGGAGAUGGGCCGCUCGCAGAGCCCGGACAAGCUGUCCGCCCUGAACGCGAUCGACAUUUCGCGCGUCGCCCUGUGGAACAUGUACAACCCCAGCCCGAACAGUCCACCGAACUCGCUCAACACUAGCCCGGAAAACAAUAUGCAAAGUGCUCUCGAUCUGUCGGAAUCGCCCGAUCACGCAAUGGCAGCGAUCAAGCGCGAACGGGACCACCCGGUCGACUUUAGCGAUCCGCGUGACUACGGCAACGGGCUGGGACCGCCAGCCAAGCGCAGCCACCAUCAUCACCACUCGCACCAUCACAACCGCUCGCUAACGCCCCAGAAGCUAAACAGUUCCUCGCAGGACGAAGAUGACGCCCGGUCGGACAGUACACCGGUCAACCUGCGCGAGAAUGGGUCGCACGGACGUCGUGCCACGCUCGACGACGACGGUGACGACGAGGAGGACGAAAUGGAGGACGAAACGACCGACGAGGACAUGCUGCGGGCAUCGUUUGCUGCGGCCGCCGCUGCCGCUGCCGUCAACCAGCACCCGCUCGCGCUCAGCCUUGCCGAUCACCAUCUUCAGCAGCAGCAGCAGCAGCAGCAACAGCAGCAGCAGCAACGUGAGCGAGAACGUAUCCAGCAGCAGGUGGCCGCCCAGCAGCAACAGCAGCAGCAGCAGCGCGAACAGCAACACAGUCUCGCCACGCUCGAUCUGAGCAUACUGGACCGCGAGCGGCUACGCUGUGACAGUGCCGACAAGCUGAAGCGCCAAAGCCAACAACAGCAGCAACAGCAGCAACAGCAACAACAGCAGCAGCUGUUGGAUCAGCAUCAUCUGCACCAAAGGCAAUUGCAGCACCAGCAGCAGGCGCGUGUUGCGCGCGAACUGCGCAAGCACGAGAACGGUGAUCGGCUCAGCCUGACGCCGGACAGCAGCGAGCUGCUGCAUCACUCGAAGAAUCAUCUAUCGACUAGCGGUGGCGGUGGUGGAGCCGGUAGCGAUCCAUUCAGCUCUCCGCUGGGCAUUACCGGCAUGCAGUUUAAGCUGAUCAGUCGAGGUGACGCUAGCAAAGGCGACCAGAAGCUGGUGGUCACGAUGGAGUUCAAUGGCGUACAGUACGAGGGUGUCCUGUUCGCGAACCCGCUCUCCUCCGCCAACCUGUCAGCGCCGCCGGCCUCGACGCCGCCCUCCUCGUCCGUGUCGGCUACCUCGGCCUCCCCGAUCGGUUCCAUGGUAUCGCCGGUCAAGUCGAGUGCCGCCGCCCACAUCGCGUCACCCCUCGACGAGCGUGAUUCGUCCGCGUCCGCGAACAUUGACGUGGCGGCGAUGGGCAGUGCACUGGCAGCAACCGCAACCGUGACCAGCAACGCCAGCAGUAAUGCCACCUGCAUCCAGCAGCAACCACUGGACGGUGCAGUAACGCCACCAGCAGCCCUCUCGAUCACUGCACCAUCGGUUGGUGCCUCAAGCCCUGCCAGGUCGUUAGUUUCAUAGGCUGGCAAAGACGCUUCGACGACCUCCCUCCCAAGCGCUCUCUUUUCCCUUCAGUCUCACUCUCUCUAUCUCUUCUUCUCUCUUUAUCAAGACAAGAGAACGGCUCGCUGAAAAGGAUAUAAAAACGAUAGGAUUACAAAAAAAGGCGCUCUCUUCUAUAUGAUCCUCACCUCGCUUCUGGUUUAAAUGCGUUACAAGUCCGCUUUCCCUCUUUGUUUGUGUCCCGAGGAGGGGAUGGGGGGGGGGGGGGAUUGGGAGGAUUGGAAUCUUAGCAGUAGCUCCGAUAGAGAUGCUAUUUUAUUUUUUUAAUGUAAUAAUACACACACGUACAUACAGCAUGUACACGAAUGUUUGUAAGCAAAGGGAGUAACUUAUACUGUUAGCAAGGUUAGCGCGUAAACGAAUUGCGAUUGAUAAGGGCCGCCCCUUCCUAUACCGUUUUAUCGACUUGACAUGAUAUCCUUGUAGAGUUCACACACACACAUACACGGUUUAUGAUAUAUUAUAUACAUAGAAGGUACGUUUUUUAUCAUUUUAUCCGCAUAACGUGCGGAGUGUUAAGCGUAAGGUGAUCGUCGUUAAUUUUGUGGCUCGAAAUGUUUCUCUUAAAAAACUGUUCCAUAAUGCAGCUAAAGCAUUCGAGUGCAUGUCACAGUGUGCAGCAUUGUGCAAUUACGGCGAGACACUGAGAGGAGGGAUUAAGGAUAUAAGGAGAGCGAGCGCAUUAUAAAACGACUUACUCUCUAUCUCUCUCUCACAUACUGAACGAUGAUCAAAAUGUAACUGAUAGCGAACAAAAAGCGCAUCGAGAAUCGAGGAGCAAAAGAUGCAGCAGAAAAAGCUUAACGAAUAUAGUCUCUAGCCUAGGAGUGUUCGAUGGUAUAGUUUUUUUUUUGUGGUAGUGUUAGUAGCAAGUUGGAAUGUUUUACGAAAAUGUCUUCUUUACUUAACUUUUAUUGCAAUGUUGUGCGUGUAUUUUUUUUAAUUAUAUCGAACGCGUUCGAAAGCGCAUUUGGAUAGGCUUAGAGGAGGGACAAACAGAGGAGAGAGUGAGUGAGAGAGAAAUAAAGAGAGAGACAGAGAGACAGAGAGAGAAACAGAGGCAAAUGUCCUGAGAUACUAAACCCUCGCGAACGAUUUAAUUAAGUGCUUAAGUUUUACUCUUACUGUCCCUUUUUUUAUUUCGCAUUAAAAUUAUAAACCCAUCGGAUACAUAGUUAGGUGGAGAUGGCAAA